AAGAAUUUCUUCUGAUAAAAAGUGAUUCGCACACACCACUUGUUCCUUCUUUUUAUCCAGAGUACUCUUUUGAUCCAGAAUGCUUCUUUUCAAAGCCAUUUACCAUAAUUUAACUAUUUUUUCAUCACUUGACACAUAGAAACAAGGCACCUUUUCAGAAUUGGAUUUAUAUUCUGUCGCCAGGCGCAAUACACUUACGUGGCAUUGUCUAUUUUGUUUAUCAAGAAAAUGCAGCACAAAUAACAUUAAUUAACUGCAAGUUCACAAUUGUCACUCGAAGCUUCUUCUUUUUCGUCUUUUAAUGGCCUUGGUUUUCACAACAAGGUUUCACUUGACCAGUCUAUAUCCAAGCGAUCCAAGCACAGUUGAAGUCGGCAACAUUUUCCAAAAAUAAUAAAAUGAUGCAAGGAUCACUUAAGCACAAAGCUUGUCACUCGAAGCAUUUGAAGGACUUCAAACAAACAUUUGAGAGAAACAUGAAGAAAAAAGACGCUGGACAUGCCAGACCGGCCCGGCUAGAGAUCCUUUAAUCAGAGACUGGCCAUAAGAUUUUGUCAAAUUCCUACGAGUGAGACAAAAACAUAAGCUGUUCACUUAUUCUCUCUCAUCCGCGCAUGCGUACAUGUAUACAUAUGUUCACGCUAAACGUGAUUAACGUGAUAUUAUGCAAAAAUGGUUGGAUGUUGCGCAGAAUUUUGCAAUAAUUCCUCAUCAAAGGACUACACAAUGAAAGUAUUUCCGAGAAACGCGUAUUUCGUGAACGCCGUGAAAUAUGGAUGAAAAAUGUUGACCGUAAAAAUUGGAUGCUGACGAAUAACUCAUAUUUUUGUGAAAUACAUUUUACUCCUCAUAUGUGGCAACAAAGAUUAGAUGGGAAAAAAAAAUUAAAAAACGAUGCAAUUCCUACUAUAUUUGGUUUAUUUUUUAAAAAGAAAAACGUGGUGGAUAAUAAUCUAUCAAUUAACAAUGAAAGUCUACAUGCAGAAUGUGAAACAGUUAUGAAUACUUCCGAGUCUUUGUUGUUUGCUGAAGUUAAUGACGCUAAUAAUGUGUCAGAUAAUAAUAUUUCUAGUAAUCAAUUGAUUAACAACAGCCAAGAUGUGAGACAUGAGAUAAUUGUCAAAGCAGAAAAAAUAGGAUUUCAUGUUAAUUUUAUCACCUCAGACAUGGGUCCUGGGAAUAUGAGAUUAUGAAGAUUAUUAGGAAUAAGUGCGGGUAGAUUUAAUGAAAUAAGCAACUCUAUUACACAUCCAUUUGACGAUAAUCGAUUGUUAUAUAUAAUUGUCGACUCAUCACAUAUUUUGAAAAAUCUGAAACAAGCGUUAGUUAGUAAUGGAAUAAUCAUUGUCUUUAAUGAUGUUAUUAUAAAAUAUAAUUUACUUUGCGAUAAAAUUGAAUUAAAACAUAUUGGCGAACUGAUAAAUAUUCAAAAUAAUUCUUAACUUCGUAACUUUUUGUAACACUUAAAUUAAAAGCAGAUGAUGUUAGAUGCAAUAAUUUCAACAAAAUGAAGGUUAAUAAAGUCAAACACAUUUUCUCUAAUGACGUGAGUAGCUCUUUGCAGCUCUUAGCAGAUGAGAACAAUAAAUCUGAAUAUAUCACUACCGCCUGGUAUAUUACAAUUAUA